UUAUAUCCCCCGGGAGAAUAAAAUGGAUAUGGGAAUUUUGUUUUUGAGAUUAUCCAUUAGGCUUUUCCUCCUCUUCUCUCUUUUUUCACAACUGAUGUUUAUAACCACAACAACAUCUCAGCCCGACUUCUUUUAUCACAUCUGUUCAGAAAAAGGAAACUACACCAACAACAGCCCUUUCGAGAAAAAUCUUGACAAUGUUCUUGCUUCAAUCUCCUCCAAUUCCAACACCGACACGCGCCACGUCGACUACGGUUUCUAUAACGCAACCUCCGGAGAAGAUCCCGACACAGCCAACGCUAAGGUUCUUUGUCGUAAAGGAGUUCCGUUGGAACAAUGCAGAACUUGCGUGAAUAACUCUGUUCUUAGAAUUAAACAAAACUGUCCGAACCAGAAGGAAGGUGCAGGAUGGUACGGCGAUUGCCAGAUUCUUUACUCAAACAACUCUGUUCACGAUGAGACAGACUUGCCUGCCUUUCGAAUUUUAUUCAACACCGGUAGAGCCCCAGACCAGAACGGUUUCAAUGAGGAACUCAGAGAGUUAUUGGAUGGACUGCGCGUGGAGGCUGCAUCAGGGACUUCGAUUCGGAAGUCUGCAGCCGGAGAUGUGAAGCUUCAAAAUCCGAAUACUUAUACUAUAUAUGGGCUUGUUGAUUGUUUUCCCGACAUGUCGUACUUCAGUUGUGAUGUCUGCCUCAGUCGGCUUCAAAGUAAUCUUCCUACUUGUUGUAGCGGCAGCAUAGGAGCAAGAUUGAUUGCAGCUAGUUGUCAAAUCAAUUAUGAAAUUCACCCUCUCUAUGAAUCACUUCUCCCUCCGCCCCCAUCCCCGCUCCCGCUUCGGCCGUCAGAUUCUGAUCUCCCUGAUUUCCCCACUUCAUCUUCUCCGCCAACACAAGGAAAUAAUAGCAAUACUAUUAUAAUAGUUAUAGUUGUUACAGUGUCCAUCGCUUCUGUCAUCAUUCUCAUUGUUGGGAUUUGCUUGGUUCGGAGAUUCAGAAAAAGAAAGCAGAAAGGACUACUAAGAAAAUUUGGAAAUGUUGAUGUUGAAGAUGCCAGUGAUGAAAUUAGCAUUGUGGAAACAAUUCAAUUUGAUUUUGAUGUCAUUAAAGAUGCAACUAAUGACUUCUCAAAUGAAAACAAGCUAGGACAGGGUGGGUUUGGAGCUGUUUACAAGGGUAAGCUACCUAAUGGACAACAUAUUGCAGUCAAGAGGCUUGCGCAUAAUUCACAACAAGGAGAUGCUGAAUUCAAAAAUGAAGUCCUUUUGGUAGUCAAACUUCAACAUCGAAAUUUGGUUAGGCUAUUGGGAUUCUGCUUGCAAGGAAGCGAAAGACUUCUCAUUUAUGAGUUUGUACCAAAUGGCAGCCUUGACCAUUUCAUAUUUGAUUUUGAGAAGCGUAUACUCUUGGAUUGGGGAAGACGAUACAAAAUCAUAAAUGGCAUUGCACGAGGACUUCUUUAUCUUCAUGAAGAUUCUCGCCUUCGAAUCAUUCAUCGUGAUCUCAAAGCUAGCAAUAUUCUGUUAGAUGAAGAAAUGAAUCCGAAGAUUGCCGAUUUUGGUCUAGCAAGAUUGUUCGAAGUAGAUGAAACUCAAGGCAAUACAAGUAGAAUUGUGGGGACUUAUGGCUAUAUGGCUCCUGAGUAUAUAACGCAUGGACAAUUUUCGAUAAAAUCUGAUGUCUUUAGUUUUGGUGUUUUGGUUCUUGAAAUUGUGAGCGGCCAGAAAAACAAUUGUCUUUCCAACGGAGAAAAUAGAGAAGAUCUCACCAGCUUUACUUGGAAUAAUUGGAGGGCAGGAGCAACAACAAAUGUCAUAGAUUCAACACUUGGUAUUGGUUCAAGAAUUGAAAUGAUAAGAUGCAUUCACAUUGGACUAUUGUGUGUUCAAGAAAAUGUAGCAAACCGACCAACAAUGGCUUCAGUGGUUAUGAUGCUAAGUAGUUCUUCUCUUACUCUCCCUAUACCCUCUAAACCUGCAUUCUUUAUGGAUAGUGUCACCGGUGGAUCCAACACAAAUGAGUUUAAUCAUUCUAAAAGUACAACUCUUCAACAUUCGGAUAACGAAACUUCAGUUACAGAACUUCAUCCUCGUUAAGUUGUCGUCAUGUAUUUUGGCAGUAAACUAUAUGUUAUUUUGAAAGUUCUUCAUGUACUAGCUAGUGCCACUGACAACCUCAAGAAUUUUAAUAAUAUGUUAAGUUCUUCAUUCGACCAAAA